AUGCCCUCACGACGGACUUGUGCUGGACGGAAGAAAAAAACUUAUAAGAGUGCAGAUGUGACACAACAAAUGGAUGAGGAAUCUCAGACAGUACUGGAAAAGACAACACCAACACGGAAAUUAGAGUUCGAACAAGGAGGAGGAGGAGGAGGAGGAGGACAAGGUUCUACCGCACAUCAUUCAACAUUGUCUAAGGAGUGGGAAAAAAAUAUUAACGCAUUUCUUUCAAAUCAAAAACAUUCAUUAUAUACACAUGACCCAUUGUGGGAAUUACAUUUGGAUGAGAAUGAGAAGAAUGUGAGUGAGAAGGAGAAGGAGCAGCAAGCAUGUAUGCAGAAAAAACGUCUCUCACCUGAUCUUGUGACCACAGAUAGUUUCCCUGAUUCACUACAACAGCAGAAAGUAAACAUGGCUGGAGUCUUACAAGAAGUUGAAAAGGAAGAAACGAAAAAAAAGAAUCGUCAUCACAAGAGUAUUUUUUCUGAGAAUAAACUAUUACAUACCUCUUCCUCUGGCCCAAUGACAGAUGAAAAUGGUAAUGUUGAUGAAGAAGAAGAAGAAGAGGAACAACUACUCAUUGUUCGUGGAGAGAUGGUGUAUUCUAGUGGAGAGCAGUUUAAACCGUGUGGUUCUGCACAAAAUUCACCUGUAGUGGAACGCAAUUUCUCUACUCCACGUCUAAUUGAAACACCAGAAUGUUGUGCUUUUAAACCUCCACAGACAUCUCAAGGAACAGGAGAAGUGGCUUCUACAUUACUUGUACAAGAUAUUUCACCUGGUGAGGAUGCUAAUGUUAUUCCUUUUCGUUUUUGGAAACAACAGAAUGGGCAUAAGGAAACGGGAUUAGAAAAUUCUCUAGAUGGGAAUACACUUUUAGAUACAAAUGGUGAUGCUUGUAUGAAGACUUCUUCAUUUCCUUUGGAUUUGACUGCUAGGUCAUGUGCCUUAUCUACAUUGGAUGAUGGACAACAAUAUGCAAUAGGAGAAUCUGAAAGAGAAAAAGAGAUUUUUGUUAUGCCUCCAUUAAUUCCUAUAAAGGGAAAUAGCAGUGAACAAGAACAAGAAGAAGAAGAGGAAGAAGAUGCUCCUCUUUUUAAACCAGCCUCAUUUGCACAUCAAGGUUCAUCGUUAAAUAAUACUUGUGUGAAUAAUCAUACCAAACAUCCUCAUUACUCUCUUGGAAUGCGUGUAGAAGCACAGUGGGGUCGUCAAUGGUUUGGAGCUCUUGUAACGGAAGAGGAAAAGAAUGGAUAUGUGCAGAUCCGCUGGGAUGAGGAUGGAUCUUUUUUACAUCUAAAGACAAAAGAGGUUCGUUUACCAAAAGGAAAAAUAACAGAAAAUGGAAAUAAUACGGAGAAAAGGUUAACCCCACACUCUGUUAUGACAGCUACACAGUUAGUGGAAAUUAUGGAAAAUGAGACUCCUCAGCAAUUCACAUUAAAUAUGGAAGAAAAAGGAUUAAAUGAUAUGGAGAAUGAUAAAUGGUUGAGUCCAGCUUCACUCUCAUUAUUUCUUACGCAAACAGCAAGAAAACAUUUGGGAGUUUCAUCUUCUGUUCUCAAUACGUUAGUAGAACAUGGUACCUUAGUGGUGGAAUCACUUUCUCAGUUGAAUAUAUUAAAUGAAAAAUCCAUUUCUCUUUGGCGACGACAACAACAACGACUUCAUCAUCAUAAUCAACAACUAGAAAAAGGAAAAGAAGAAGAAAAAAAGAAAUAUCAAAAAGAAAUGUUUUUCUUUGUUGUAACUGAAGAAGAUGCAAAGAUAAAUGAUGGGAUAGUUAUUGCUAUUGCACAUGCCAUGGGUGUUUCAGCGGUAUCCGUGGAAUGGUUAAAACGACUUGAGGCUGAUGGUUUGGGAGAUCACUUACGUAUUUGUAUUCCCAAAUCAGAAUACUUGAUAGGUCAAAGAAAUAAUAAUAAUAAUAAUAAUAAUAAUAAUAAUAAUAAUAAUAAUAAUAAUAAUAAUAUUAAUAAAAAUAAUAAUGUGCGAGGACGAAUGUUACCACGUCAUAAACGUUUUCUUAGUCAAAAACGUAUUUAUGUUCCUGUAGAUGAUGCUGAUAUUUUACUUCUUAUUAAUAUCUGUGGUGGUAUAUUAACACGAGAACACUGUACAGAUGAGGGUCUAUCACCAGAUUAUAUAUACAUUGCUCCUGGUAAGCGUGUACAAAUAGCACCUGAAAUAACAUCUGUAGCUCUAAUGGAGAAGUCAUGGCUUAUUCAUCGUAUUCACGAAUAUUUCUUUUCACUUCCAUCUUCAGAGGAAAUAGAUGAUGCUAACAAUAAUGAUAAUAAUGAUGAAGAUAAUAAUUGUGAGGAAAAGGAUAUUCAACCUCUUUCAAGACAGGUAUUUGGUAUUAAAAGACCUCGAGAAGAAGAGGAAUUCAUAGAAAAUGAAAAAGAAGAUGUGGAAGAAAAAGAUGAAAUUGUACAUUCACCACUAUUAUGUGUGGGUCGUGGUGUGAGUCGUACAUCGACUCCUGCCGUUAACGCAUUAGAGGUAUUGGAAGGUGAAGAUUAUUACUUUCGUCUUUCACAGAUGAAUGGUACUCAUGGUAAUAGUAGCAGCCAUAGAAAGAAUAAUAAUAAUAAUAAUAAUAACAAUAAUAGUAAUGAGGCUCCAAUAGUGGCAUUGGGUCGUGUGGUUCGUCUUGAAGGAAAUGAUAAUGCCGUAACGAUGCGACUGUAUGAAGUGAAGUAUACAGUAAUGCAACAAAAUCCACGAACAGGAAAUAUUGAUACACAUACAACCUUAUAUUUAGGUUCACGCAUGACUACUGUAUCUGUAGAGGAUCUUAUCUUUAAUGUUCCUGUUUACGUGGUGGAUGCUGCACAGAUGCGUCAUGUCUACACAUUAGAAUCACCUCCACGAGAUACUAUUUCCAUCUCUGCAGCCGCGGUGACUGCUGAGAAUGAGAAUGAGAAGGAAGAAGAGGAAGAAGAAAAAGAAAUGUUUUCAUUUUCUCGACCAAUGAAUGAACGCGGGACACCGCUGCCAGACUCCAUAGAUCCUAUAUUAAUGUCAACCCCACAACCCAUAGAUAAUAACCGAAACCCCACAUCUCAACAGGAAACACUGCUGAAAGAGACACUUAUUAACGGUAGACGCAUACAGCCUGGAGUGGAUGUACGCUUUCACGAUCCUCUCUCCACUGUUAACUCAGCAGAUGUGAAUGAAGGGCGUCAAGGUGUGGGCCGAGUUCAGAUGAUUCAACGAGCCGCGAAGGGAGUGGUGCUUGUGGUGCAUAAGGAAGAGGCCAAUAGUGUUUUUGGUGGCUCGAAGAUGGUAGUGAUUACACCAGACAUGGUGACCGAUAUCGUGUAG